GCUACAAGAAAAACUGGGCCAACUUAAAACACUGGGCCACAUGACAAAUCGGGCCACCCUGUUUGCAAUCCGCAUCCACAUCGGACAUUCCCGAUUCUCGACCACUAUGGACGCCGUUGCCUAGUAACGGCUUGGGGGAAACCUCUCACGCCAGAUCCCUGUAUCGCCUCGUGGAGGUGACCGCGCGCGCGCCUCACUCGUCCAAUCCGGUCCAUCUCUGACGUCACGUGAUUGGCGAAGAGAAAGAGAGAGGGGGAAGGGGAAAAAAUGCCGCCUCCGGCUAAAAGUUCCAUGAACUCACCAAGUUCAAAGCCACCGUUCGCUGGCGGGAACAGUGCAGGUGCGACCGACUCCAGCGAUGGCCAGAAUCUUGCGUACGGUGCCGGCGGCCGAGGUGCCGUUGGCGGAGGGAGUGGAGUAACCGCGGAUGUCACUCCCCGAUCCUCAUCCGGCACCCACCAACGAGACUUCUACUACCACCACAGCACCGACGCCAAACCCGGCGCCCGCGGGGGGCCCUUGACCAGCAGCCUCGUGUCGAAAUACGCCCCGAAACCCAUCGACAUGGGCAACGGCGCGAGUUCAAACCCCCACUUCACCAUCGACGGUGAGUCAAUGGACGUGCAUAGAGUUAAAGCCCUCGUCCCGGAGUUACGUCACGAGAUCAAACGCCGGGAUAAAAUCAUCGAGCAGUACGACUCGCAGAUCCGGCAGAAGGAUGACCUACUUAAGGAGAAGGACUCUGAAAUAGCGCGGUUGAAGGAGGAGGUUCACAAGCUGAAGUCCGUACUGCAGCUGAAGGUGGACACGCUCAAGUCCCAGGAAAGCAAGCCGGACCUGCUGUCCACCAUUGAUGAGAUUCAGGCGGAGCCCACCGUGGUCAAGGGCCCCGCCAAGAAGCAGGGGGUCUCCGGUGAGAGCCCCUCGUCAAAGACUCUUGGAUAUGUUGACCUGACGCAUCACGAGAAGGAUUUUAAGUCUAAGCAGCUAAUUAAGGACGCGCUAAUGAGCAACGAGUUCAUCAAAGUUCUAGCCGUGACUCAGCUGAGGGAGGUCAUCGACUGCAUGUACGAGAAGAGGGUGGCCAAAAACUGUUACAUCAUCAAGGAGGGGGAGAGGGGGGAGCACAUCUACGUCUGCGCAGAGGGUGUUCUGGAGGUACACAAGGACGACAAGAGGUUAGGGGACAUCAAGUCCGGUGGUCUGUUCGGUGAGCUGGCCAUUUUGUACAACUGCAAGAGGACGGCGUCUGUCAAAGCCGUAACCAACACUACACUAUGGGUACUAGACCGACGUGUCUUCCAGGCCAUUAUGAUGAAGACGGGUCUACAGAAACGAGAGGAAAACAUUGCUUUUCUCAAAAGCGUGCCUUUGUUGAAACAUCUGCCUUCAGAAAAACUGGCCAAAAUUGCGGAUGUUUUAGAAUACGAUUUCUUCCAUGAAAAUGAAUACAUUAUAAGAGAAGGGGCUGCGGGUGAUACCUUUUUCAUCUUAAAUAAAGGGGAGGUCAAGGUGACCCAGAUGAUAGCUGGCCAUGCGGAACCGAAGGAAGUGCGACGAUUGAAGCGUGGCGACUACUUUGGUGAAAAAGCUUUAUUAAGUGAAGACCGUCGGACGGCCAAUGUGAUAGCCCUGCCCCCUGGUGUAGAGUGUCUGACCGUCGAUAGAGAAUCAUUCACGAAACUUAUAGGCGAUCUGAAUGAAUUACGUAACAAAGAUUACGGGGACGAGGCUCGCGGCGCUGAAAGUUUCUUAAGAUACCAUCACACCAAGGGCAGAACCAGCGGAAACAACUCGACCCCGGGUUCAUGGCGAAGUGGGAGUGACUCAACAGUAUCACCAGUUGCCGAUAGACCCGUGUCGAAGGAGUUUGAGAAUAUAACGCUAGACGAUCUACAGUUGGUGACUACGUUAGGGAUGGGAGGUUUUGGUCGGGUGGAGUUGGUCCAGCUGAUCAAAGACAAAUCGAAAACAUUCGCGCUGAAAUGUCUGAAGAAGAAACACAUAGUCGAGACUAGACAGCAAGAACACAUUUACUCGGAGAAAAAAAUCAUGAUGGAAGCAGAUUCAACCUUCAUAACAAAACUUCACAAGACAUUCAGGGACAAGAAAUAUGUUUAUAUGUUAAUGGAGGUCUGUCUAGGAGGAGAAUUGUGGACCAUACUCAGGGAUAGGGGACAUUUCGAUGACCUAACAGCGAGAUUUUGUGUGGCGUGUGUUCUAGAAGCUUUCUCGUAUCUCCACGCUAAAGGCAUCAUCUACAGGGACCUUAAGCCGGAGAACUUGCUGCUCGAUGCCAGAGGAUAUGUCAAAUUGGUAGACUUCGGGUUCGCGAAGAAGAUCGGGGUGGGCAAGAAGACAUGGACGUUCUGUGGAACUCCCGAGUACGUGGCGCCUGAGAUUAUCCUGAACAAGGGCCACGACCACUCUGCCGACUACUGGUCACUGGGGAUUCUGAUGUUCGAGCUCUUGAACGGCACACCCCCGUUUUCAGGGUCCGACCCUAUGAGGACCUACAACAUCAUCCUCAAGGGUGUUGACCACAUCGAGUUCCCAAAGAAAAUCAGCAGGAGCGCACACGUGUUGAUUAAAAAACUCUGUAGGGACAAUCCCAUGGAGAGACUGGGAUAUGGGAAAAAUGGGAUCAGUGACAUCAGAAAAAACAAAUGGUUUCAAGGAUUUGACUGGGAAGGACUUAUGAAUCUUACUAUGACGCCACCAAUUAUACCAAAGGUGAAGACACCAACAGACACCAGCAACUUCGACAGCUACCCACGUGACAUGGACAUCGCUCCCGAUGAGCUAUCUGGAUGGGAUAUAGACUUUUAGUCAGGACCCACAUCCCAAGUUGGAUGGGAUAUAGACUUUUAGUCAGGACCCACAUCCCUAGUUGGAUGGGAUAUAGACUUUUAGUCAGGACCCACAUCCCUAGUUGGAUGGGAUAUAGACUUUUAGUCAGGACCCACAUCCCUAGUUGGAUGGGAUAUAGACUUUUAGUCAGGACCCCCAUCCCAAGUUGGAUGGGAUAUAGACUUUUAGUCAGGACCCACAUCCCUAGUUGGAUGGGAUAUAGACUUUUAGUCAGGACCCACAUCCCUAGUUGGAUGGGAUAUAGACUUUUAGUCAGGACCCCCAUCCCAAGUUGGAUGGGAUAUAGACUUUUAGUCAGGACCCACAUCCCUAGUUGGAUGGGAUAUAGACUUUUAGUCAGGACCCACAUCCCUAGUUGGAUGGGAUAUAGACUUUUAGUCAGGACCCACAUCCCUAGUUGGAUGGGAUAUAGACUUUUAGUCAGGACCCACAUCCCUAGUUGGAUGGGAUAUAGACUUUUAGUCAGGACCCACAUCCCUAGUUGGAUGGGAUAUAGACUUUUAGUAAGGACCCACAUCCCUAGUUGGAUGGGAUAUAGACUUUUAGUCAGGACCCACAUCCCUAGUUCACUCAUCAGGA